CGGAUUUUGGGUUGUUGAAAAUGAUUGUUUUGGGGUUUCAAGUUUAGGGAAUUUAUGGGUAGGGGAGGGCAGAAUCGGCGCGAAGGAAGGGAGGCUGGGCGCGACGUUUUGGGGUGGGUGGGGUACCUGGGUUGGGGGUGGGAGAAGGCUGUCGGAAAUCCAAGGUGUUGGACUGGUGGUGGGGGUUGUCGUGGGUUGGGGCUUUUAUUUUAUUUUUUAUUUUUUUUAAUUUUCAACCAAUCACGUAGUGACACAAGUUACUAAAAUUAAAAAAAUUACCUUUUAAACAGAUUAUUGAUCACUUGGGAUUAUUUGAGCGAAUUACCCUAAAGUUUAGAUUAUUUAAGCGAAUGAGUAAAAGUUGGAAUUAUUUUUAGUAAUUUUUUUUUUUACAAAAAAAAAGAGAAAUUUGCAUUAUUAGUGCGCGUUGUACGCUUACACCGAAAAAACUCAAGCACCUUAUCCUUCCCCAAAUCAAAAUCAAAAUCCCAACUUCCCCAAAUCAAAAGUUGAAUUUUUUGUGGGAGCUUCCAAUUGGAGAGAAGAACGAGAAAUGGCGAAUGACAAAGGAAAAAUUAAAGGAGCAACAGAAAUACCCAAAAUCAUAUGGAAUGAAAAUCAACAAAGAUUCGAAACAGAAGACAAGAAAGCUUAUUUAGAAUACCAUCUUAAAAACAUCCAUGGAAAUAAUUCCCAAAUCAUGAAUAUCCUUCACACCUAUGUUCCUCCUUUCAAACGAGGCCUUGGUUUGGCAUCUCACCUCUGCGUUGCCGCCUUCAAUCACGCUCAGUCGCAUUCCUUGCCCGUCAUCCCCUCCUGCUCCUAUGUAUCUGACACAUUUCUUCCGAGGAAUCCAUCAUGGAACGCGUUAGUGUACAAAGGAGAUGUUAAAUCUAGUAUGUGAACUCCAGCAACCUCUUCUACUCGAAUACAAGCUCUGUGAUGCUAUUUCAGUUAUUACAUUCAGUGAAUGAAAUGUAUCAUGCUCAAAAAGGAUCUUGUAAUUGAAAACACAUUAUUAUUAUUAAUAUUCGCUGGUUUCCUUAA